CUACCGCGCAUUGGGCCAGGGGGCAAGGGCUGGUGAGGACAGGGCCUCGCAACGUCCAUCGUACACAACCCGUCCCCAAGUAGCAGCAAUUCUGUAGGACCCUUCCGAUCCCACUCACGUCAGCAAACAACUAGAUGCUAGGCUCAGGAGUCUAUCGGUUUGUGUUGGUCAAGGGGGCGGGUAGCGCGGGGGGGGGGGGACGGGCGGGGGGGGGUUAAGGGUUGCGUGCGCGUGCCAUUGACACCAUGACGAGGCGUCUUGGCCCUCUUGGGCGCUCCCGCGCAGCUCGGAAUUACAUUACUACACAUCGCUUAAAUUUCACUACCGAGGCAAGCAGCUCUGAGGAGCGGAGCGGGCGAGCGAGCUCUCAAACAACACUACACUCUGACCCCUGCGAGUUUCUAUCAACUUGGCUUUCCCUGCUGGCUUGCUUAUACCGCUGCUUUAUUAUUGAUUACCCCCACGUAACUUCCGAAACCACGGUGCAACAACGCGCCAGCAGCGAUUCAUUACGCAGCGCUCUGUCAUGUCUGGGCCCAAGUCACCAAGCGCACAAGCUCAACAAGCUAUAAAAGAUAAGGUCCCAGAUCCACCGAAGAACAUCUUCGAGGCGGCAGAACGGGGUGCUGUGGGCUUCAUCACUCGCGCCGUUGAGCGCGCAAUCGAGUUCAAUAUCAAUAUCCGCGAUAAGUACCAGCGCACGGCGCUUCAUUGGGCAGCAGAAGCAGGGCAGGUAGAGGCAGCGGAGUGCUUGCUAGACUACGGGGUUGAGGCGCUGGCAACGGAGUGCAACGGGAGGACCGCCAUCCACCUGGCCGCCCGCUCGGGGCACUGCAACGUGCUGCGGCUGCUGCUGGACUCGCGGCCGGCGGCGGAGCAGGAGCAGUUGGUCAACCAGCCCGAUUUCUUCGGACUCACACCCGUGUUCCUGGCGCUGCAGAGGGGCGAGGAUGCGCGCAAUGCGUUUGCGCUGCUGAUGGACCGGGGUGGCCGCUACAAUCAGCAGACGCCAGGGGGCCGGAGCUUCCUGAACGGCAAUGAGUUCAAGGACCCCGCCGACCACCCCGUCAAGGCGUAGGAGGAGAGUGUGCCCGUGAGCGACUGGCCGGGAGCGGGCAACAGGAGCGGUGGCCAGGCACCGGCUGAUGGCUGCCGCGUCAGCGGCUAGGUCCGUCAAUGGUUCGGCUGGCGGGGCCAGGGUCCUGUGUAGUGGCAUGGCCGCUGGCGUUGGGCUGCUGGUGGCCAGCAAGUCGGCGCUUCUGCCAGGAGAGGCAGCCAGCUACGUCAGUAGCCAGUGGAGGUAGCAUCUGACAUACCGCACGGCAGCUACUGGGGACAGCAGCAAGGGGAUGCCGCUGACGGCUGCGGGCGUGGGAGGUAAACGGCUGGCCGCGGAAAGUAGGUGGGGAGGGAACGAGUGCCGCAAGGAUGGAAGACAGCGGGUGUUGUGCUGCGCAAGUCGACCGGGCCUGCGGCUGCGGCAGUGAGUAGCCCCGCCGUUGUGUCACUAGCGUGCCGAAUGCUAUAGUAGGACAGGUGAUAGCAAGCUGAUGACAACUGAACUGAGAUAUGCAUAUGUGUAAAGGAUCCGGUCGUCCGCUGAACUUAAAGAGACGUGAUGUGUGGUGUGUGGUUGUGGGCGGUGGAUAUUUGCGCGCAGAGUGCCGUGGGGCUGCCAGUAACUUAUGACUAUUUUGCGCCAACGAUUUUACUACACACGGCAUGUGUGGGCUGCAGGUGAUGGGACGAUGGGUUGAGUGUGGCCCCCAUGCCGUGUGUGGGACCUUGGGUGCAUGAGCAUUCAUUUAAACUUGCCCAAGGGGCACAUUUGCUGGAUUCUUCUUGCAAGGCAUCUCUACACCGCACACUGCCGCUUUCGUUUGCCUCAGUCGUUAAUCUGGUAGCCGUAGGGCCUCCCGCUGUGAAGGUUUGAGACAGGAUGCUCUGUGGCGGUGCUCGUGUUUAGAUCCUGUACAUGGACGUCACGAAGGCAGCAGGGUAGGGGUUCCAGGCGAGUACAAGUGAUGCUGCAGCGCAAGUUCCGGUACAGCGAGUGACGGUUGGUGUUGCGGCAAUAGAUGGUAGAAGGGUUCGCAUGGAAAUGCCCGCCGGGCAAGGCAGCCCGCAUUGCCCUGCAUGCGUGCGUGUUACGAAUUGGAAUGCUUGCGUAUAAGGGGGGACAAUCCUGCUUAUGCGCAUGUAACAUGGCUGUCUU